AUGACCCCUCAAGUCGCCAACGACCUCCGCACAGAGCUGCGCUACGAGCCCACCACCAUCUCUUACCUGUGGCAACGCCUUGUACCGGCCACAUCACCGCCUACACCCCCAACACAGCUCACCAUCUUUGAGCCCCCAGCAAGUACCUACAAACCCAUCACCAUCCCUCUCCCUCCUCUCGCCAAAGUCGGAGAGUCAUGGCGUUUGGGCUUGUUCUCUUCGGGGGCCUCUAGUAAGGCCAGAGGGGCCGAGGCAGGGCCCAGUGGUAAGCUGUUGGACUUGGUGCAAGGUCCGCAAAUACUCGGCGUCUGGUCUGAAGGAAUUCAGAUCAUCCGACCAUCUGGCUCGGGUCUUACGCCGGGGGCAGUACGAGGUAUGGGCAAACAAAAAGAGACCCAGCCCUCGUCAGGAGCAAAGGGAAAGAAUGUCAAAGGCAAUGGAAAGGGCAAGCCCGAGAAAGAUGAGGGUGCAAAGCAGGGGAGGAUCAUCAGGGAAUGGGCCUUGCCGGAGAACGAGGAUUCCUUGAGGAUCGUUGAACAGACUAGCUUUGAUCUCGACAAGAAAAUAUGGGACUCGGGUCUGGCGCUGUCUGCUUGGCUAUGGAAGUAUCUGCCAGACCCGUCAACUCUACCCUCCCUGGGUCCACGAGUUUUGGCCCUACUGACAAGAGAAGAGCAGCUCAGCAUUCUCGAGCUUGGUACGGGAACAGGUCUAGUAUCAAUCGUCCUCGCUCUUGCUCUAAGACGUCGAAAUUUGGGCAGAGAAAUCACUGCCACCGACCUCGACUCUGCUAUACCUCUGAUGGAUGAAAACAUCGCCCUCAAUCCUAUCCCACCUCAACCGCAAUCGACAGAGCAAGCAAACGACGAGCCAGAGGUCUCUCCCAAAGUCACCCUUGACGCCAAAGUCUUGGAUUGGGACCAACCUCUACCAGACUGGGUGGUUCGCGAUAUGCCCGAGCUCGUUAUCGCCGCGGACGUCACCUACAACACCGACUCUUUCCCCGCUCUCCUCUCAACAUUGACUUCCCUGCUCACUCCUCCCAAAGACGACAAGCACCCCCUUUUAAUUUUAGCAUACAAACAACGUGACCUGGCCGAGAGAGACCUGUGGGAGAUGUUGAAGGAGAAGGGCAUAGGAAUGGUGUUGAUUGACAAGGUGCAGGGUGCGGAGGAGGGGUAUGGGGAGACCGAGAUCUGGGUCGGAGGCUAUGGUCUCAAAGAAUAG